AUGUACAUCAAAUCAAUCAUCCUCGACGGAUUCAAAUCGUACGGCCGGAGGACGGAGGUGCAAGGAUUUGAUCCCGAGUUUAACGCCAUCACCGGUCUGAAUGGGACCGGCAAAUCCAACAUCCUCGACUCGAUCUGCUUCGUGCUCGGCAUUACGAGACUGGACCGUGUGCGUGCUGUUUCGCUGCAAGAUCUCGUGUACAAAAGUGGGCAAGCUGGCGUCACCAAGGCAACGGUGACGCUGGUGUUCGACAACUCCGACUCGAACCAGUGUCCGAUCGGGUUCGAGAACUGCAAUGAGAUCGCGAUCACGCGCCAAAUCAUGGUGGGCGGCAAGAACAAGUAUCUCAUCAACGGCAAAUCGGUGCAGAACAAGCGCGUCCAGGACCUGUUCUGUUCGGUGCAGCUGAACGUGAACAACCCGAACUUCCUGAUCAUGCAGGGCCGCGUGACGACGGUGCUGAACAUGAAGCCGCCCGAGAUUAUGUCGAUGAUCGAGGAGGCGGCCGGCACCAGCAUGUACGAGUCGAAGCGCGAGUCGGCCGUGAAGCUGAUCGAUAAGAAGGAUUCCAAGCUGAACGAGCUGUACGCCGUGAUCGGGGAGGAGAUCGAACCGAAGCUGGAGAAGCUGAAGCGCGAGCGGGAGCACUACAUCGAGUACCAGAAGGUGUGCCGGGACAUCGAGUAUCUGACACGGUUGCACGUGUCCUACCGCUACCUGCAGGUGCGCAAAGGCGUGGAGCAGUCGGAGGAAACGAUCUCCUCGCUGCAGGCGGUCAUCGGCCAGCACGAGGCGCAGAUCGAGAGCAACUGCACCACGGCCGAGCAGCUGGAGGCGGACGCAAAGGCGCUCCAGGCGCGCAUCGAUUCCGAGGGCGGCGGUGCGCUGAGUGAGCUGGAGGAACAGUUGGCCGCCGAAAGUAAACGGGAGGCGACCGUGUCCGCCGACCGGAACACGACAAAGGACACGAUCGGGGUGGAGCAGCGCAAGCUGAAGAAUCUCUUCAAAAGCAUCGCCGACGACGAGCAGGCGCUGCGGGGCAAGGAAUCGGAGAUGGAGCGCCGCGGGGCCACCUUCCAGACGCUGAAGGAUGCGUGCGAAGCGGACUCCGGGGCGUUUGCCGCGGCCCAAAAACGCUUCGAAGCGGUGUCGGCCGGAUUGUCGACGAACGAGGACGGUGAGGCGGCCACCCUGCAGGAUCAGCUGAUGGACGCGAAGCAAAAGUCAUCGGAAGCGGCCACGGCCAUCAAGCAGUCGGAGAUGGAACUGAAGCACUCGCAGAAGCUGCUGCGGGAGAAGCAGGGCAACAUGAACAACAGCGACGCGGCCUAUCUGGAGGACAAACGGAAGCUGACGAAGCUGGAAGGUCAAAUCGGUCAGAUGGAGCGGGAGCUGGCGUCGACGGGGUACGAGGAGGGCACGAUGGAGAACCUGACCGGGCGGAGGCAAACGCUGCAGGGCGAGAUUCGAAACCUUCGCUCGGAACUGGAUCGCCGGAAUGCCCACCGUUGGGAGCUGCAGUACCGCGAUCCGGAGCCCGGUUUCGAUCGAAGCUCCGUCAAGGGGAUGGUGGCGAAACUGGUGACCGUGAAGGACCCAAAGUACGCCCAGGCCCUCGGAACCGUGGCCGGAGGCAACCUGUACUCGGUCAUCACCGAUACGGACAUGACGAGCAAGAAACUGCUGCAGAAGGGCCAGCUCCAGACGCGCACCACCAUGAUUCCGUUGAACAAAAUCAGCAGCCGGCAGAUUGACCCGUCGGUGGCACGGUUCGCGGAGGAACUGGUCGGACGGGAGAACGUAGCGACGGCGCUGUCGUGCAUCAGCUACGAUCCGGCCGUGGACAAAGCGAUGAGCUUCGCGUUCGGCCACUCGUUCAUCGUGAAGGACCUGAACGUGGCCAAGCAGAUUACGUACCAUCCGCGCAUCAUGACCCGCUCGGUAACGCUCGACGGGGACGUGGUGGAUCCGGGCGGUACCCUGUCCGGUGGUGCCCGAGCGAAGGGCAGUGCCGUCCUGCUGGAGGUCGCCGAAAUCAACAAAGUGCAGGCCAUCCUGCAGCAGCGGGAAGCCGAACUGCGUGACAUAUCACUCGAAAUAAGUAAGAUAGAGAAAACGGCCAACCGGUACACUCAGCUGAAGGAGCAGCACGACAUGUUGAACUACGAGCUGAACAAUGUGAAGCAGCGUCUGGCGCAAACGUCCUUUCAGCAGAACCAGGAAGAGGUCGAGGAGCUGAAGCAGAAACUCGAAACACUGCAACGGACGAUGGUGGAGGCACGCGAAACGCAAACCCAGUGCAACGCGAAAGUGAAGGACCUGCAGGCCAAGCUUGCCGACGGCAAGGGACACCGGGACCGGGAACUGAAGGCGGCCGAGGACCAGAUGAAGCAGACGAAAAAGCGGAGCGAAGAGAGUCGAAAAAACUGGAAAAAGCACGAACAGGACUUUGAGACGCUCCGGCUGGAGAUCGAGGAACUGCAGAAGGGCAUCGCGACGGCGAAGGAGCAGGCCCAGAGGCUGGAGGAGCAAAUCGGCGCACUGCAGGAGCGGCUGGCCGAGGUGAGCGGGACGAGCGAUCAGAUGACGGCGGCCGUGACCGCACUGAAGCAGCAGAUCAAGCAGCACAAGGACCAGAUGAACUCGCAGAGCAGGGAACUGAAGGGGAAGUACGUCCAGCGGGACCGGCUGCUGAAGCAGAACGACGAGCUGCGGCUGGAGAUGAAGAAGAAGGAGAACGAAAUCACGAAGGUGCGCAUGGAGAACAAGGACGGGUACGAUCGGAUCAGCGCGAUGGAAGAGAAGUACACGUGGAUCCCGGAGGACAAGGAGUUCUUCGGAGUGAAGAACACACGCUACGACUACCACAAGGAGGACCCGCAGGAGGCGGGCCGCAAGCUGAAGAAGCUGCAGGACACGAAGGACAAGAUGGGCCGCAACGUGAACCAGAAGGCGAUGGUGCUGCUGGAGCGCGAGGAGGAGCAGUACGCGGAGGUGAUGCGCCGGAAGAAGGUGGUCGAGGACGACAAGAAGAAGAUCCAGGAGAUCAUCACCGAUCUGGACGAGAAGAAGAAGAAGAGCCUGAAGGUGGCCUGGAGGCAGGUGGACGAGAACUUUGGCAGCAUCUUCAGCUCGCUGCUGCCGGGCGUCCAGGCCAAGCUGGAGCCCCCGGACGGGGUCGACUUCAUGAAGGGUCUGGAGGUGAAGGUCGGCUUUAACGGUAUGUGGAAGGAAUCGUUGACCGAGCUGAGCGGUGGGCAGCGAUCGCUGGUCGCCCUCUCGCUGAUUCUGGCCAUGCUCAAGUACAAACCGGCCCCGCUCUACAUUCUGGACGAGGUGGACUCGGCGCUCGACCUGUCGCACACGCAAAACAUCGGCAACAUGCUGCGGGCGCACUUUACCAACUCGCAGUUCAUCAUCGUGUCGCUGAAGGACGGCAUGUUCAACAAUGCCAACGUGCUGUUCCGGACGCGCUUCAUCGACGGCAUGUCCACCGUGAUGCGCACGGUCAACAUGGCAAACCGGCAGCGGCCGGCCGCCGGAAUCCGUUACUAG